AAAAGCUCUUGACCGAUUCCCCACUCGGUUUACUUGACCAGCAGUCGUUGUACAUGAACAUCAUGCGCGCUCCUGAGUGGAUGAGCACUGAGAUGGCGCGCCUCACAUCAAGGCUUGAGCGCUACAAGCCCUCGGGCAGUGGCUACAACCGCAUCCAGUCAAUUCGCCUGUCCAAGAGUGUUAUGCAAAUGCUGAACAAUCCGAUGCCUCCGCCCGCAGCCGCUGCCACCGCCAGAACGCAGCAGGAAAGCUCCUUUACGACACCGCGACGACGUGGUGUCCUCAGUCGCAGCGAAUCGGAGUGGGAGGAGGUGUAUCCUGCAGUCAAGAUCAGUCGGCAGGAGAGCAGCGAGAGUGCCGCGAGUGAGGACAGUGAGCUGCGCUUUAACCAUUAUAGAAAUUGUGCCACACGAAUUCCCUAAUUGGGGAUAGUAACUUCAGUCCAUUUUGCAAUAUUUGUAAAUUUGUAUCUGUGUUAAGUUAAAAAUUAAAUAAUAAAUGCUCUCUAAAAACCGAA